AUGUCUAAACUUGUAUCACGCUGCUUGGAGUUCAUGAAUUAUACCGCAAUUUUUGUCGGAUUCACCAGUCUACGUAUUGAUUAUAGUUCCCAGAAGAUAUACGAAUCGCGGCUGAUCAAUUGCUAUGUUGUGAUUGCCAAUAUUAUCACAGUAUUUCUGCUGCCGAUCGCUCACGCGCUAUCCAUUAAAUAUAUAACUGUGAAUUUCAAAAAUAAUUUACUUGCUUUCACCGACUUGGUGAACUUGUUCAUCGUCUACACAGUUGUUGUGUUUUCGGUGUUGAGUCGCUUUCGCCGCGAGCGCAUCUACAAGGAGAUAUCACGGGAUAUUUUCAAACUCGACCGAUCAUACUUCAAUAAACUGACUACGAAUGCGCGCAUCGAGAAACACGCCAACGUGGUGAUAUUCAUCAAAAUGAUCACCGUCUGCCUGGAGCAGUUCGUACCCAUCACUGGCAUAUUGUAUCAGGCGAUACGGGUGGACAUUUACGUCUGGAUGCUGGCAUUGUACACCAGUCUCAUCGAGAGCAUUUUGCACGCGGUGUUGUUCUUGUUCUUCUACAUGUUGUGGCAGGUGCAGAAGCGCGUGUGGCGCCUGAAUGCCCACCUGAAGGAGCUGCUGCACAGUCUGCAGAAGUUACAUAAGAGCGCCGCUGGCAUGCUGCCGCCAGACAGCUCCACCUUACAGCAGUUGAGUGCAUUGGCAGAGGAGGAGCUCAGUGAAAUUACCGGCGUGCAGGCGCGGCUCAUUGCAAUGUUGUUGCGCCUGAACUCCGUCUACCGUUGGCAGGUCAUCGUGGUGUUACUAACAUAUCUGUCCUGCAACAUUGCGUACGGAUACUAUUGGGUGGUGUCGUUCAAUAGCCAGAUUAGCAGGCCGCAGAAUGUGCCGUCCAUUAUAGCGUCGCUGGGUGCUAGUGUGAUUGUCUUCAUAGACAUCAAUUUGUUGUACUGGGGUGCAGAUGCCAUAACGAGUGCCUGCCAAGACACCGGACAAAUACUGCGACGCUUCCAAGAGUUGCCGCUGAUGAGUGCCGCUUUUGAGCGCCAGUGCGAACAUUUUGCUCUACAAUUGAAACAACAACAAAUGAAUAUCAACAUCGCCGGCAUGUUUUCUCUAAAUCGGCAGACUUCGUUGGCUCUUUGGGCCUUCAGCGUGCGCCACAUAGUCAUCUUGGUGCAGUUUGAUUAUGAAGCGCGAAAGCAAUCGAAUCGCGCGAACGGCGUGCUGGACCAUAUUAACCACAUGCUACAAUUCGGUGAUGAUUAUUUGGAGCUAUGAGCGCAGUGAUACGUCCAUAAGAUGCCUGUUGAAAGUCCAGUUUGUCGAACUCUUUUAAGUAUUUUGAAUAGUAUUAUAUUUAACCAGCAAUUGAAGUUACUUACUUAUCGACACAAAAUAUUAGUCACAUUUUUUCUAGUAAAGUAUUCUUAAUUUGAAAUGAAUUAAAAAAGCAACACGUUUUGCUCGUUUCCCAUAUUAAAUUUAUUUAUGCUGGUAUAAUAACAGCAUGCCGCCAAUCCAUGUUACCAACAGGUAGAAACUCGCUGCGUUUCUGCGUCAGAGAAAGCUUGUAUGCCACGAGUAUUCAAUAAUUAAGGCCUAUUUGGUCGGUCGUCACAUAUCAGCAGAUGGCACUUAAAAUCUUAUCGCGUCAAUCGCACGCC